AUGGCAUCCCCGGCCGUGUGGCCGUGCCCCCGCCCGCUGCCGCCCCCCGCGCCCGGCUCCAUGCGCCGGCGGCCGCCGGGCCCCGCCGCGACCCCCGCGCCGACGGGCGGCCGCUCCCCGGGGAGCCCCGGCGGGGCCCGGGCCGCGCGGCGGCUGCGGCGGCGCGGGGGAGCCUCGCGGCUGCUGCCCGACGUGCGGAACAUCUUCGAGGCGCCGCGGGAGCCCCCCGAGCGCGGCCGCGGCCACCGCUUCGCCCCGCGGCUGCCGCGCCAGGAGUGGUGCGACCUGUGCGGGGAGGCGGUGCGGGAGCGCGCCCUGCGCUGCGACUACUGCAGGUACACGUGUCACCAGGAGUGCUGCAGCCUCAUCCAGCUGGAUUGUCGCCGGCCGGGCCAGUGCCAGAGCCAGCUGUCCCCAGAGAGCACCUUCGUGCCACCCUGCAGCCAGAAUGUGACACAAACGGUAGAAGAAGAAAAACCUGAGCCUCCAACCGUCCAGGAGAUCAAACAAAAGAUUGAAAAGUACAAUGCAAAGGUCACCAACUGCCUGCUGAUGAAACUGAACGACGACGGGACCUACACGGGGUUCAUCAAGGUGCACCUGAAGCUGCGGCGCCCCGUGACGGUGCCCGCCGGGAUCCGGCCCCAGUCCAUCUACGAUGCCCUCAAGGAGGUGAACCUGGCCGAGAUGACAGACAAGAGGACCUCCUUCUACCUGCCCCUGGAUGCCAUCAAGCAGCUGCACAUCAGCAGCACCACCACGGUGAGCGAGGUGAUCCAGGGGCUCCUGAAGAAGUUCAUGGUGGUGGAUAACCCCCAGAAGUUUGCACUUUUCAAGGAGAUGAGGAAAGAUGGGCAAGUGCUCUUCCAGAAGCUCCCUCUCACCGAGUACCCCCUGUACCUGCGGCUGCUGGCAGGCCCUGACACCGAUGUGCUGAGCUUUGUGCUGAAGGAAAACGAAACGGGGGAAGUUGAGUGGGACGCCUUCUCCAUCCCCGAGCUGCAGAACUUCCUGAUGAUCCUGGACAAAGAGGAGAAGGACAAAAUCCAGCAGGUGCACAGGAAGUACGAGAGGUUCAAACAGAGACUGCAGCAGACCCUGAAAGAGGCCAGAGGCAAACCUGGAUAACCUUCAGGAGGCACUGGGCAUCAGACUAAGCUAGAGACUGUUUUUAAUGAAAAGACUUCUCAGGACACCUUAGUAGUCAUUUUCCCUCUUCAACCUUCCAUAAGGACUGGCUCCCAGCACCCCUAAAAUGAUCCUAUUGCAUUUUCUUCUUCUGAAACCUCUUCUCCCAGGACCAGAGCCAGUCCAAGAACAGGAAGCCUGUUUUUAAAACAGCUUCAACAAAGCAAACACUGCUGCUGGUUGGCUUUCCAGCCGUGCCAUCCGCUGGAGAGGCUGCGUGGAAAACUCUUGGUGUGACACCUGACAGGACCCAUCUGCUGGCUGAGGUUUGGAGCAGGGCAGCUCUUGCUGUUCCUGCUCCUCCCAGCGAGCUGCUUGUUCCUGUUUGGAGGUGCUGUGGCCCACAGUGCCCUCGUGACCCAGUUCUGGUUUCGUAAGGAGCACAGGAAACAGCAGGAAAAGGGGAGGAGGUUGUUGCACCAAACCACGUGGGUGUUGCAGCUCUAGCCAAGCCCUGGACUCGUUCAGGGCUCAGGCAGCCAGGGAAAUGCCAGGUUAGGACACCAAGGCAGCUGCAACACCCCAACAGUCUGUUAGUAAAUAUUAUUGCAACUUGGUAAUAGUAAUUCCCAGGAAAAUAAUUAAUUUUGAUUCUAUUUGACUUCUAAUUUUGGAAAGAGCUGAAUUACAGUAACUGUCCCUGAUGCUUAGCCAAGUUAGCCAGUGUUCCACCAGUUCUCUACUCUGUAGGAAUUGGGACCUAUGUUUCCAGAAAUUCUGUUUGAAAAGUGUAAAGGUGAUGGUUGGGGCACAGGCUGAGGGUUCAGUGUUGAGGGUUUAGCAAUACGUGUCCAUCAGAGGAACCCAGGAAAGCUCAAAACCCCUUCACAAAUCAGAUUUUGAGCUGUGAACGCGCCUGGCCCGGAGGGAGAGGAGCCCCAUCCAGGGCUGGGGUGUGGAGGUGGCACCAAGUAAGGGAAUUACUGUCCUUGGAUGCCUUCUGCUCACCUCACCUGUGCUUCCUCCUGCUCCUGCUCCUCGCAGUGCUGUCCCAGCCUGCUGUCCCUGUUCUCCCUCCCCACUCCCAACUGGUGCUGUCCUGCACGUCCAGGAAGCUUCCCAGGAUUUGCUCUCUUCGUGGAGCCAGGAGAGGACAGCAAGUCUCUCUCUGCCUGUCUCAGGGCUCCCACCACGCCAUGCUGAGCAUCCCUCAGCAAAGUCCUUGAGCUGCAGGCUGGCUCCCUGCCCUCGCUCCGUGGUGCUGAGGCUGUGCAGGGAUCGCUGCCGGGCUGGGAAUGCUCCAGGGAUCCCGGGGGAGAGGACGGGCCCCACGUUUACCCUCAGUGCUCCGUACCGAGCACGCUGCACACAGCCAGGGCCAGCCCUCCCUCUGUUCACAGCCCAGGGAAUGUCCCUGCACACAGCCAGGGCCAGCCCUCCCUCUGUUCACAGCCCAGGGAAUGUCCCUGCACACAGCCAGGGCCAGCCCUCCCUCUGUUCACAGCCCAGGGAAUGUCCCUGCACACAGCCAGGGCCAGCCCUCCCUCUGUUCACAGCCCAGGGAAUGUCCCUGCACACAGCCAGGGCCAGCCCUCCCUCUGUUCACAGCCCAGGGAAUGUCGCUGCUGGAUUGGGAUGGAGCAGGGCCAGGGGUUUGUGUGGGCUCUGUGAACAGCUGGCCCUUGGAGCUCAGGAUCCCACCUGAGCCCCUGGGAGGGGAGGCAGCGGGUUGUUACGGAACGGGGAGGAGUCUCAAAUUUACCUCAGUGCCUUUUUUUUCCCUUAAGUGUGAAAACUUUGCAUUCAGGCUAAGGAGGAAGCUGUGCAGAGGCCUUGUCCCUCCUGUCCCCACAGCACUGGUGUGACAAGGCCCUUGUGUCCGGGGAGGGAUGAGGAACUGGUUUGUUUCUUUCUGGAAGGUGACUGCUUGGGAUUUUUUUUUUUUUUUUUUUCCAGAUUUUGAGUAUGUUUGUUUCUAAACCUUAUGAGAGUAACUGCAUCACUUGGAGCCCUCAGCUGGCGUGAAAGCCACUUUCUGCCAAGCUCGGUGGCAGCUCCUGUUCUGGUCAGCAGCGAAGGUUUGCUCGCAGGGCUCUGGUGCAGAGGAGCCUCCAGCUGUACUGUACUCUACACCCAACGACCUUUAACAACUGCUGGCAGCCACAGAGCCGCCCUUGCCGCGCUCUGGGGCUGUUUGUCCAGCUACAAGCAGACUUAGCACUCCACUGUUCACUUGUGGAGUCAUUUAAAUGCCGUUUAUCUGGUGCUUUGAGCCUUGACAGCACCGUAUAAAUACUUCAGUUCCACCGUGGGGAAGAGCGCUGUAAAAACUGCCAGUGGCUCUUAGAGCAAAGAGCCAAACGCUUGGUUUGAAAUCCCUUUUCUUUCUGGCUAAAAGUUGUGCAGGUUUCCUUUAUUUUUUUUGUUUGUUUGUUUUGGUGAGUGUCCCCUCUCCCUUCCUGGCCCCAGCAUGUCUUUGACAGUUUGUAGAAGGCAUGGCUUCGUAUGCAAUCACUGUGGAUGCUGCUGAAAACCUCCUGCCACCAGCAGGGCUCGUUUCUUUGGGUUUUUUUUUUUUCCCCCAAUAUGAGGGGCAUUUGAAGAGUUGUGUGUGCUGAAACUCAAAUUCUCAUGGGUCAGUUGAGCUGUUUUUAGAAGUAUUUGCCCCUUCUUUAAGCGCAAAUCCUGUUGGCAGUGCCUUUGGUUAGCAAUUGUCCCGCCUAAGUUGUGUGAGUUUAUUUUCCAUGGCUACUGUAAAACAUGUAAAAUAAUGUGUAUAGGAUGGAAUAGUAGAGCUUCUAUGGCAAAGUGAAAUGCAUUUUUGCAAUGCUGUAAUUUAUUUUUACUACUCCCUAGUGAUUCUAUGGCAUUUUUACAAAAUGUCUCACUCUCAGCUUUUUUUGAAGGUUCUGGAACUAUUUGUUCAUAUGCAGACAGUGUAAGAGACAAUGAUAAUAAACUGUCAGUAAUUAAAGAAA